UUGUAUUUUCUUUUAUUAUUUCUCUUUACAUUUCAUUCUCUCCUUUUCUUCUUUUUCUAUUCGCUUCUUUUUUUCUUUUCAUACACUUCCCUUUUUCCCAUUCACUUUUCUUCUUGUAUGUUUUUGUUUUCCUUUUUUCUUUCAUUCUCUCUCCUGUUAUCUUCCUUUUCCUUUCCUUAUAUUCUUCUUUCUUUUUUCUUUCAUUCUCCAUCCAUUUAUCUGCUCAUCCAUUUCUUUUAUUCUUUCUCUUUCUUUUUUCUUUCAUUCGCCCUCCUUUCAAAUUCCUCUUCCAUUACUUUUAUUCUACUAUAUGUCUUUUUUCAUUCUCCCUCCUUUUACAUUCUUCAUCCUUUCCUUUUAUCCUUCAUCUUUCUUUUUUCUUCAUUCUCCUUCCUUUUAUCUUUCUUUUCCUUUCCUUUUGUUCUUCCUUUUUCUUUCAUUCUCCUUCUUUUUCCUUUCCUUUUAUUUUUCUUCUUUCUUUCAAUCUUCUUCCUUUUAUCUUCCUUUUCCUUCCCUUGUAUUCUUUCUUUAUUUUUCUUUCAUUCUCCUUCCUUUUAUCUUCCUUUUCCUUUCCUUUUUUCUUUCUUUUUUCUUUUAUUCUCCUUCCUUUUUAUCUUUCUUUUAUUUUCCUUUUAUUUUUCUUCUUUCUUUUUUCUUUCAUUCUUUUUCCUUUUAUCUUUCUUUUCCUUCCCUUGUAUUCUUCCUUAUUUUUCUUUCAUUCUCCUUCCUUUUAUCUUCCUUUUUCUUCCCUUUUGUUCUUCUUCCUUUUAUUUUUUUUCUUUUUUUCUUUCAUUCUCCUUCCUUUUCCUUUCCUUUUAUUUUUUUUCUUUUUUUCUUUCAUUCUCCUUCCUUUUUGUUUCCUUUUAUUCUUCUCUAUUUUUCCUUCUUCUUCGUUUUUCUUUCUGUUGCUUUCCGUUCUUCUUCUUUCUUUCAUUCUCCUUCCUUUUAUCUUCUUUUUCUUUUCUUUUUAUUCUUCUUCUUUCUUUUUUUUCUUUCUUUUUUUUUUCCUUAAUUUUUUUUAUCAUUUUCUUCUUUUCCUUUAUCGUUUCCAUCAGCUUUCUUCUUGUUCUUUCUUUUCCGUUUCAUUCAGAUAUCAUUUUUUUUUAUUUUUCCAUUUAUUCCAUUCUCUUUUUCAUUUUUUUUUUUCCUUUCUUUAUUUCGACCCCUUCCUCCAACGUUCUUUUCUCUUAA